AUGAGCUCCUCGAUUCUCAAAACGUUGUCGGUGGGCAUCUCCCUGGCCCGAGAGCUCUCCUGGCCAGAGAUUGGGAUUAUUGCCUCCGUUCUGGUUGCAAGCGUUCCUGUUGCUCAGUUCGUCUAUAAUGUCUGGUUCCAUCCACUGGCCGGAUUCCCAGGCCCCAUACUCUACGCCGGAUCCAACCUACCCAAAAUCAUCCAACAGCUGAGAGGCAGCAUUACCUACAAGGCACAUGAGCUGCAUGAGAUCUAUGGCCCUGUUGUCCGCAUCUCGCCGGGCGAACUGUCUUACAUAUCCGCCCAGGCCUGGAAGGAUAUAUGUGCUGGUUCUAAAGGCAAAGAGCCUAUGCCGUUGAAUCCCAUCUAUGGCCAACAUGAGGUCGAGUCCUUCGGUACACUGAGCAUGCUCUGGCAGGUCAGUCAUGUGGAGCAUGCCAGACAGCGCCGCAUCAUGGCCCCCGUAUUCUCCGACAAGUCCCUGAUGGAACAAGAACCCAUCAUCACCAAGUACGCGGCACUUCUCAUGCAACGUAUGCGUGAAAAUGCCGGGAAGACUGUUAAUCUCUGCUCCUGGUUCAACUACACAACAUUCGACAUCAUCGGAGAUCUCACUUUUGGUGAACCGUUUGAUUGUCUCCAGGAAUCCCGGCUUCAUCCUUGGAUCUCUUUCGUCUUCUCGCGUCUAAGCUUGAUGCUGUACAGCCAAAUCAUUGCGACCAUGGGAACCCUCGGCGCGGCUGUCAAGCUGAUGAUUCCAAGCCACAUCAAGCACGACUUCGUGAAACACGUGGCCUUCACUAAGGACAAAGUCGAUCGGCGACGCCAAAGGGAGAUGAACAGGUCUGACUUCAUGACUCACAUCCUUGAGCAUACCGAAAAGGAGAACGGAAUGAGCCUCAGCGAACUCUAUGCCAACUCUCAAAUCCUCGUCAUGGCCGGCUCCGAGACCUCGGCGACUCUUCUUGGAGUGACAGCGUACCAUCUCAUGACCAAUCCUGACAAGCUGAGGAAGCUGGCGGAGGAGGUCCGCUCUGCGUUUUCUUCCGAGGACGAAAUCACUUUCUCAAGCAUCCCCAAACUCCCUUAUUUGAUUGCGGUCAUAAAUGAGAGUCUACGCAUUCAUCCUCCGGUUCCCGCAGGCAUCCAUCGGUUCGUGCCGAAAGGAGGUGCGUUCAUUGACGGGAGGUAUGUGCCGGAAGGCGCAGACGUCUACAUCACACAGUGGGCGGCCUUCCACUCGAAAGACAACUUCGCUGAUCCAUACCUCUUUGUGCCGGAACGAUGGCUCGGAGACGAGCGAUAUGCAGACGACAACCGUGAGGUUUUCCAGCCUUUCAGCCUUGGUCCUAGGAACUGCAUUGGCCGUAGUCUUGCUUACAUGGAAUCACGGCUGGUGAUUGCGCGAAUGGUUUGGAAUUUCGACCUCCAUUUGAUGCCCGAGAGUGAGAACUGGCUUCCGCAGAAAACUAUUGUUCUCUAUGAGAAAAAGCCCUUAUAUGCACGUCUCUCGACCGUGCACCACCCGUCUGUGUAA